GGCCUGGAUGAAAUGCGGAAGUGGAUGUUUCCUGAACAACACUGUGCUAACAACAAAGCUAGCAGUGAUUAGUAGUCGUUCAUAAAGUAAAUAACUAUUGUACUCGAAUAUUUUAACCGCAAGCUACUCGACAGUGUUGUAAAUCGACUGUCUUUGACAGGUCCAUGCUCAUACAGGAGGGCAGACUGCUGUCAUGUUGACUGGGCUGGGUGAAUUUGGAGGCUUUUCCUUCCUCCGGGCUGACGAUGUCGGUGAGACUUGCUAGUUUCGCUUGAGCUCCUCGGCUGCUUCAUCACAAGCUGCCUAGUGUUGGACUCUCAGCUCGGGGAACAAAAAUGCACAGUACUGGGGUGUCCCACGAACCUUCACAGGGUACAGGGGAACGUGGGGAGCUGGUACACACACUAUCCAAAGACACACUUGGAUCUCCAGAUGCCUCUGAGCUUGGGAGCCCACGAUGUACUCCAAACUUUGACCUCCUGAACAUGGUCGUGUCCUACAAGAAAAUGGCUCAGUAUCUAGAACCACUGGUAGAUGCAGUGGAGCUGAGCCGCUUCCUGCUUGGAUGGAGGAUGCCUCUGUGCUCUCUGUUUGUGUGUAUAUUGCUUAAUGUCUUCUUCUGCACUGUUAAUGAAGUGGGUUGGUUCUCAGUGGGUGUGGUGGCAGCGUUGGUGCCUGCUUCCUUCGGUUACCUGCAGGACAGGUGUGGAGGCAGAGUUACAGACACUGAGCUCCAGAAACGACAUUAUCACACUGUGCACCGCAGAGACCUGCAGACGGUGCAUCUCACCAAACAGGAAGCCAUGCUGGAAGUAAAAGACCUUUUGAAGCACCUUGACGAUAUACUGUCCUCCGCCUGCCAGUCAGCAGAAACUAUUUACAAGGUCCUGUACUGGGAUAAUCACACCAAGUCAUCAAGGUUUUAUGCAGGGAUGUUCAUCGUGUUGUGCUUACUCUACAUUGCUCCUGUGGGCUGGGUGCUCGCUUUACUCAACAGCACCAUCUUCCUGUGGAACAGAGAUUUCUACAGAGUUUUAUUAGACUUUAGGAAUCUCUUCCCCGUGGGCCAGACCAAGGCCACUGAGGGGCUAUGUGAGGAACAGGAACAAGGCAAUUCACUGGACAGGACCCCCACACCAACUAGUCUGGAGGACCUGUCACCUGGCAGUGUGGAGGAGGCUGAGGAAGCAGAACCUGAUGAUGAAUUUAAAGAUGCCAUCGAGGAAACUCCCAUGGUCUUAGUGGAGGAUGAUGAUGUGCCUCUUGGAGCUCCGGAGUAUGACACCAUCUCUGAAAAUGGUCUGUUGAGCCGCAAUGAACCAAUACGCAGCAAAGUGUCCAAACUGACAGAGAAACUGCGUAAACGUUACCCUACCACCAGCACAGGCAACUGUUCCAGCUGUAGUGCCGUCUUCUCAGUACUAAAGAAAAGGAGGAACUGCAGUAACUGUGGCAACAGCUUCUGCUCCCGAUGUUGUUCUUUUAAGGUGCUGAGAGCUUGCAUGGGGGCAACGGCUCCAGAGGCCCAGAGAGAGACCGUAUUUGUUUGUGCUGCCUGUAAUUCUUCUCUCAUCAAGUUACAGUGAGACGGCAUGUCGGUCUUUUCUUCCAGUGGCGAGUGGGAAGUCAUUAAUGUUCGUCCCCAAGCUGUUCACCGUGUUCCUGAGGGCCUCACACAUGCCUUGGUUUUUCGUGUUAAGGAACCUUACAUCUGUCAACGUACCUCCUGUGUUCAACUCAAAGACUUUUUCCACUUAAAUCUGUCCUUAGCAAUUACGAUUAUAGGACUGUACUUUACUGUAGUACUGUAUUUCCUGUUCAAACUCUCAAUGAAGAACUAGGACCUUAUUAAUCAAUGAGACUUAAAACAGGAAAUGUACAAAACCAUAGGACCCGGAGUCUUCCCUUUGCUGAGCAGAGGGAAGCACAAAGUAUGCAAGGUGGAGAUCAGGAUUGAGCUGCUGGUGUUGGGUGUUUGUAGGACUUCUACUGGAUAUCAGUGGUUUUGAUUUUAUUUGCCUUGCCUCAGCUUAAAGUUGUGUCCACUGGAAUAUUGGUAUUGUAGUUCAGCUCUACUACAAUGCCGAGAGAACUUUUCUGUACGAACAAGACUACUGGGUGAUUUUGGUGGAUUUUUUUUUUUUUAGAUUGGUGAUGGAUAUGAUGUUUUGAGCUGGGCAGUGUACAAAACUUGGAUGAACAAAAUAAUGUCUGGAUAACCAAAAGUAGCUCCGCAUUCGGCCCCAGUUGCUGCAGUAAACGGAGGCUUGACGCCUGAAACUAAACCCUUUAUCUCACAGGCUCACUCAUUGUCCUCUAUUGCACUUUUAUCUGUAGCUGGUCAGCAGUUCCAUUUGAAUAUUACUGGGUUUAUUUAAUUUCAUUUAAUGAGCCUAGAAUAUUUUACAACACCAGACGUGAAUUCUGCAACCAGUGAUGAAUCCCCCUUACGUGUCUGAGAAAAAACAGUGGUUAAAAUGUAACGCAGUGCUGAGAAUGAGGAUGAGUUGGUCUCUACUUGUAAUGAUAAAACUGUUGCUUUGUUUGUUCCUGUGUGGACAAGGCAGCCUGAAAAAAAAAAAACACUUAUCAAUGUAGUGCAGGUUUCUCAUUUUAACCGUGUCCAAGUCAACCCAGUUUGAUUAAAUUUUAUUCUGAACACACUGAGAAACCAUCUGAAAAUGUAACCAGAGCCUCUCACUCUUGCAAGCAGGACUUAAUAGAAUUUAAGUGGGGGCAUUAUUCUAGCUUAAACUACAACAAGCUAGAUCUUGAUGGUGAAGUUGUUUUAAUCCCGUUUCAGACACAGAUGAUUGUACUUGUUUGCGUUGCUUUUAUUGUAAUCCUAUAUAUAAAUGGUUAAUGUAAGUUGUUCUAUUAUAUCUAUUGUAUUUAAUUUAAAACUCCACAAUCGAUUAUGAUUUGACCCAAUGUUGAAUUCUGUACAUAUUGGCCCAUAUUUUAUGGUUGAAACAUGCCAUUAUUGAAAUAAACUGAGAUGAUUUGAUUAACUUAAAAGUCA